AUGUUGGUGCAGUUCUACACGGCCAUCAUCGAGUCCAUCCUCACCUCCUCCAUCACCUCCUCCAUCACCUCCUCCAUCACCUCCUCCAUCACCUCCUCCAUCACCUCCUCCAUCACCUCCUCCAUCACCUCCUCCAUCACCUCCUCAUCACCUCCUCCAUCACCUCCUCCAUCACCUCCUCCAUCACCUCCUCCAUCACCUCCUCCAUCACCGUGUGAUAAGCAGCAGGACGUGGAGGUCCUGGGCCCAUCCCCAAAGGACAAGAGGAGGCGUCCCAUGUCCCAGACCAGCCCCUCCCCCCUCCUCUCCAUCCCCCGCUUUGGAGUGACCACGCCCCACGAGAACCUGCUGUCCCAGGAGAUUGAAGACAUAAACCACUGGGGCCUGGACAUAUUUAAGAUCUCAGAGUUUUCUGGAAACCGACCUCUGACGGUCGUCAUGUUCUCCAUCUUCAAGGAGCGGGAGCUGCUGAAGACCUUCCAGAUUCCCUCGGACACCUUCUUGACCUUCAUGACGACCCUUGAGGAUCAUUACCGCGACGUGUCGUAUCACAACAACAUCCACGCUGCAGACGUGCUCCAGUCCACACACGUGCUGCUGUCCACGCCAGCACUGCAGGCCGUGUUCUCAGACCUGGAGGUCAUGUCUGUGCUGUUCGCCAGCGCCAUCCACGACGUGGACCAUCCAGGACUCACCAACCAGUUCCUCAUCAACACCAGUUCAGACCUGGCCCUGCUCUAUAACGACACCUCGGUCCUGGAGAACCAUCAUGUGUCCGUGGGCUUCAGGCUCCUGCAGGAGGAGAACUGUGACCUGUUCAAGAACCUGAGCAAGAACCAGAGAGACGCUCUGCGCAAGAUGGUCAUCGACAUGGUUCUGUCCACUGACAUGUCCAAACACAUGCAGAUCCUCGGGGACAUGAAGACCAUGGUGGAGACCAAGAAGGUCACGUCUCUGGGAGUCCUCCUGCUGGACAACUACUGCGACCGCAUCCAGGUACCAGCAGGACUGAGGCUGUAG